AUGAAACGACACGAAUUAUCGCUUGAACAAAAGAUCUUAUUAAUCAAAGAUAAUAAUGGUGGCAAUGGUUUUUCGAUACGUACAUUAGCAGAAAAAUACUCCAUCUCGAAAAGUAGCGUCGCCGACAUCUUAAAUCGUCGUGAAGAAUAUGAACAUGAUUAUUUGACAAAUACGAACAAGGGUGUGAAGCGCAAACUGAAGGACGACACCGGCAGACACAUCGAUGAAGUCGUUUUCGAAUGGUUUACGGCCCAACGAGCAAAACACAUUCCAAUAUCAGGUCCACUGUUGCAAGAAAAAGCUCGACAAAUUGCCGAAGAAAUGGGUCUAUUACCAGGUAAUUUUAAAGCAUCAAAAGGGUGGCUGGAAAAAUUCCGCAAUCGACAUAUGAUCGGAUAUCGACAAAUUUCUGGUGAAAGUGGAAGUGUAUGCGUAACAACUACAGAAGAAUGGAAACAUCGUCUUACAACAAUUGUUAAUGGAUAUAGUGAUGAUGAUAUUUACAACGCCGAUGAAACAGCACUCUUAUUUAAAGCAAUUCCAGAUCGAUCACUGGUACUCAACAAGGAAGAAUGUAAAGGUGGAAAGCGUUCAAAAGAACGAUAUACUGUUUUACUUUGUACAAAUUGUAGUGGAACGGAUAAAUUGAAGCCUUUAGUCAUCGGAAAGAUUCGUCAACCACGUUGCUUUAAAAAUUUGAAUAUUAACAAUCUUCCAGUAACAUGGAAAGCUAACCGAACAGCCUGGAUGAAUGCUAAAUUAUUUUCUGAAUGGCUUACUGACAUCAAUCAAAUAAUGAAAAAAAAUUCUCGUCAAAUUCUUCUCUUCUUGGAUAACGCACCAUGUCAUCCCAUUGACGUACAAUUAUCCAACAUUACAUUAAUUUUCUUUCCACCAAAUACGACUAGUACAGUUUAA